AUGCUGAAAAAUAUUGGCGCCAUACCAAAAAAUACUGGUGCCAUACCAAAAAAUAAUCAAAGUACAGUGAAAAACACGGGAAAAAUCCUAACAGGUAUGGACCGUUACAUCACUAUAACUAAACGCAAGUCCAGUCCUAGGACAUCAAAAUUGGAACCAAAUCCAAAACAGGCGAAAAAAAAUCCGGUAAGUCAAAAUCGUUUCGCAAUUCUUGCCAACCAAGAAAGUGAAAAAACACUCGCAAAGCCUGUAACAGACUAUAAGGCACCUUGCCUAUAUUUGCGCGAACCCUCUACAAAUGUUUUGGUGAACAAAUUGUCCCAACUUGUAGGUAAGGAGAAUUUCCACGUGGUCUCUCUGCGUAAAGGAAAUAUACAAGAGACAUAG